CAGCUGGCGUCUGACACAGCUGGGCCUCCUCACUCCUGCUUCCAAUUUCUGCCUGCACCCCGCCAACCACUUCUCACUCUGUUCUGGUCCCUCUCUGGGUCCCAGCUCUGCAGAGCAGGGCUCAGCCACGGGGUACCGAGUGGAUGUCGGCUCCCCCCCCAGCUCAGAUGGCCAGCUCAUCUGCUCCUGCAGCACACAGACCCCUCUCAGAGAGCCCUCCCCUGCACGGAGCUGACUCAUGCCGCCUCUUGGGCCACAGAGGAUCUGGCAGGAUGAAGAAAUGGGGAAGCUCAGACUUACGGGAACCUCAGGACCUGCCUCAAGAGGACUCCUGCCCAGAGCCCCUAGAUGGAGACCCUAGCUGCAGGCCAGCUCCAGCCAAGCCCCACAGCUUCCCCGAGGCCAAGAGCCGCAGCCGGCUCUUUGGAAAGGGUGAUUCGGAGGACACAUCCCUCAUGGACUGCUCUUAUGAGGAAGGUCAGCUGGCAUCCUGCCCAGCCAUCACAGUCAGCCCUGUUGUCAGCGUCCAGAGGCCUGGGGAUGGUCCCACCUGUGCCAGGCAGCCAUCCCAGGACUCUGCUGCCGAGAACCUCAAGCUCUAUGAUCGCAGGAAGAUCUUUGAAGCAGUUGCUCAGAAUAACUGCGAGGAACUGGAGAGCCUGCUGCUCUUUCUGCAGAAGAGCAAGAAGCAUCUCACGGACAGCGAAUUCAAAGACCCGGACACAGGGAAGACCUGCCUGCUGAAAGCCAUGCUCAACCUGCACAGCGGGCAGAACGACACCAUCCCCCUGCUCCUGGAGGUCGCCCGGCAGACGGACAGCCUGAAGGAGCUGGUCAACGCCAGCUACACGGACAGCUACUACAAGGGCCAGACGGCACUGCACAUUGCCAUCGAGCGACGGAACAUGGCGCUGGUGACCCUCCUGGUGGAGAACGGCGCCGACGUCCAUGCCGCGGCCAAUGGGGACUUCUUUAAGAAAACCAAAGGGCGGCCUGGCUUCUAUUUUGGUGAGCUGCCCCUCUCCCUGGCUGCGUGCACCAACCAGCUGGGCACCGUGAAGUUCCUGCUGCAGAACUCCUGGCAGUCGGCCGACAUCAGCGCCAGGGACUCGGUGGGCAACACUGUGCUGCACGCGCUGGUGGAGGUGGCUGACAACACGGCCGACAACACCAAGUUUGUGACGAGCAUGUACAACGAGAUUCUGAUCCUGGGGGCCAGACUCCACCCUGCGCUGAAGCUGGAGGAGCUCACCAACAAGAAGGGGCUGACGCCGUUGGCUCUGGCCGCCAGGAGUGGGAAGAUCGGGGUCCUGGCCUAUAUUCUCCAGAGGGAGAUCCAGGAGCCCGAGUGCAGGCACCUGUCCAGGAAGUUCACCGAGUGGGCCUACGGGCCCGUGCACUCCUCACUGUACGACCUGUCCUGCAUCGACACCUGUGAGAAGAACUCAGUGCUGGAGGUGAUUGCCUACAGCAGCAGUGACACACCUAAUCGCCAUGACAUGCUCUUAGUGGAGCCGCUCAACCGCCUUCUGCAGGACAAGUGGGACAGAUUCGUCAAGCGCAUCUUCUACUUCAACUUCUUCAUCUACUGCCUGUAUAUGAUCGUCUUCACCACGGCCGCCUACUACAGGCCUGUGCAAGGCCGGCCUCCCUUUAAGCUGAAACACACCGUUGGGGGCUAUUUCCGAGUCACUGGAGAGAUUCUUUCUGUAGCAGGGGGAGUCUACUUUUUUUUCCGAGGGAUUCAAUAUUUCCUGCAGAGGCGGCCAUCACUGAAGACCUUGUUUGUGGACAGCUACAGUGAGAUGCUUUUCUUCGUGCAGUCGCUGUUCAUGCUGGGGGCCGUCGUGCUGUACUUCUGCCACUGCAAGGAGUACGUGGCCUCCAUGGUUUUCUCCCUGGCCAUGGGCUGGACCAACAUGCUCUACUACACCCGCGGCUUCCAGCAGAUGGGCAUCUAUGCUGUCAUGAUUGAGAAGAUGAUCGUGAGAGACCUGUGUCGCUUCAUGUUUGUUUACCUCGUUUUCUUAUUUGGGUUUUCCACAGCCACAUGUUCCCCAUGCCCUAUAGCGGUGGUGACACUGAUUGAGGAUGGGAAGAAUGACUCUGUGUCGGCUGAGUCGAUGUCGCACAGGUGGCGAGGUCCUGGCUGCCGGCCAUCCGACAGCUCCUACAACAGCCUGUACUCCACGUGUCUGGAGCUGUUCAAGUUCACCAUCGGCAUGGGUGACCUGGAGUUCACAGAGAACUAUGACUUCAAGGCUGUCUUUGUCAUCCUGUUACUGGCCUACGUGAUUCUCACGUACAUCCUCCUGCUCAACAUGCUCAUUGCCCUCAUGGGUGAGACGGUCAACAAGAUCGCACAGGAGAGCAAGAACAUCUGGAAGCUGCAGAGAGCCAUCACCAUCCUGGACACGGAGAAGAGCUUCCUUAAGUGUAUGAGGAAGGCCUUUCGCUCAGGCAAGCUGCUGCAGGUGGGGUACACAGCUGAUGGCCAGGACGACUACAGGUGGUGUUUCAGGGUGGACGAGGUGAACUGGACCACCUGGAACACCAACGUGGGCCUCAUCAAUGAAGACCCGGGCAACUGUGAGGGCAUCAAACGCACCCUGAGCUUCUCCCUGCGGUCGGGCCGAGCUGCAGGGAGGAACUGGAAGAACUUUGCCCUGGUUCCCCUCUUAAGAGAUGCAAGUACUCGAGAAAGACACCCUACCCAGCCUGAGGAAGUUCAUCUGAAGCACUUUGCGGGGUCCCUCAAGCCCGAAGAUGCCAAGAUCAUCAAGGAUUCCGCUGCUCUAGGGGAGAAGUGAGGGACCACACAGGGUGCUCUCAACCCUGUGGGCCCCUUAGGAAAGCCCACUGUCUCCGGUAGGAGGGUGUGUAGGGGCCACCAGUGAUGCCUCAGCAGCCUGGCCCUACCAGCACCCUCCUCGCAGGCCCUUUCCUAGACCGCACGGAACAAGCUGCAGGAGGCAUGGCUGGAUGCACGGGUAGAGAGAGUCACGCAACCCUCACUGUCCCCAACUGACUCUCCUAACACAAAAGAAUAUUGCUUUCCGGUUUUUACUGACUUUAUCAAACAUGGCGAAUGAGAAAUCGCCACGUGCAUGUAUGCGAUGCCCCAGUUUCCUUUGAUUUUAUAUUCCUGGAAGUGAAAGGCAGCGAAGCCCGGGGAAACACCUUUUAGAGCAAAACACUUCUUUGAGAUAAAAUGCCGAAGCCCUUGUCUAGUUUGUGCUUAAUAUAUCCCCUGUCCAGAGUGGUCUGGGGGUAACGGUGGUUGCUCCUCCGAGAAGGUGGGGGAACCUGGCCCCAUUCCCAGCUCUGCCAGAAUCAGGUGUUUCCGGAGCGACUCCCUCCUUCUGUGUGAUCCAUCACAGUUCCAAAAAUAUUAGCUCUAUCACUGUUCAAAUAAAAGUGCAGAACCGUGUCCCAAAGCCACGUGGCAAGAAUUUUUUUAAUGAUCCUCCCUGUGUGGUGGCCAUGGUCCUGCUCGCCUGCAGUGGUACCUACUUCCGCCUCUACUCAUCCUGCCAUGCAUCAGAUAAGUACAUAAAUAAAUA